GAUUUUGAUGGAGGAAUUUGGAACAAGAGUACCGUAACGUAACUCUGAUACCUUUGUCCUCUUUGUCUUUCUUUCCUAAUUCAUUUCCAUCUCUCUCUCUCUCUCUCUCAGGAGAGAAAAAACGCUCACGCAUGUGCGCGCGCCCACGCCCAACAACUGCCUAACUUAUCACCUCAACGCACCCAAUCGCAGAUUCAGUUUUUGGGGCAACUCUAAUCAAAUCAAAAUCCUGUCUUUCUUCUAGAUUCAGUUUUUUUCCCCCUCCACUUCAACUGGGUUUCCUCCAAUUUCCUGUAAUGGUUCUUCAGUUCUGCUAGAUUAUUGAAUUCCCAAUUCGCAUUUUUUUCCCCUUUUUAUUUAUUUAUUAUUAUUGGAUUGGAUUGGAAGAGAUUUCGUUGCUGACGUGUCUUUUUGAGGUUGGCGAGGGUCAUUCUUUAGAGGUCCUUUUUUUUCACCGGAUUCGUAGGUUGAGAUUUUUAUAUGUGGCGACGAUUUCUAUGCCCCGGUUGGGUGUGUUGUGUGAAUUUCUAGUAGGUCAUGAAUUUCAUUUUCAUCCAAAAGGGGUUACUUGGUAGUACGUGAUUGGGAUUUAGGAAGUGUACAAUAGAUCACUUGAAAAUUCUUGGAGCGAUUAAAUUAGAUCAGAGAUGUUUUAUUUGAUAAUUUUGUGGAAAAUUGUUGUUUGUAUUGCAUAAUUGGAUGGUGAGGAUCUAGGUUAAGUUGUGGUGGUUUGUGUUGUUGCUAGUUGGGAGGUGGUGGUAGUGUAAUCUGUUUGUUGCAUUGCAAUGUCUGGUGGAACGCCACGUGGGGGAGGUGGAUUAAUGAGGCAGAGGCAUAGCCAGGGGUAUGCAAGCAGUGGUGAUGACCUAGAGGAUGAUGCAUGCUCGAGGCACCGCCCCUUUUUGGCCCCGAGUCCUCCGCCUAGGACGUGGAUUGAGAUGCUGGAAAAUUUUCUUUGGCUUGCUUCCGCUGCUUUCAUUCUAUACUUUGGGGAUCAACAUUCCAAUUUGAUAUAUCUGUUGUGCCAUGACAAUCGAAUUAGAAGAUUGCCUUUAUAUCUUGGGAUGAUAGGUAUUGGUUUGAAUACAAUGAUUUUCAUUUAUACAACUAUCUUGGUCUGGAGUGCUCGAAGGUUUGAUGAAAAAUGGGGAUUAAAAAAAUGGGAAGUAACAAGCAUCUCUGUGUUGCCAUUUGCCACAGUAUUUGGAAUCAUCUCCUUUUGCAUGUUUUCCUUUGCUUUGUGGCCAAUAUGGAGUUUCUUGACACUUCCUCUUCUGUUUACACUAUUUAUGGCUUGCAUGGUGGUAAUCCCUUGCCUCAUUUUUGGGACGCUGCGGCCUCAAUAUUACGAUGAGCUCCGUACAGAUUAAGCCUCAUGAUUCAAGUGAGGAAUAGUACUGACUUAGAUAAAGAGUUUCUAACAGGUCAAUGAUUGGUUAGUGGUUGCUAUGUCGUUGAAGUUUUGUCUCCAAGUAGCAUGGUGUAUUACAUGUUAUGCUUUCCUAAGCUGGUGCGAACAGUGAGAGCUAAAAUUCUUUUCAUCCUUACAAUUAGAUUAGGUUAGAGUGAUGGUAAUGCGGCUGGUCUUAGUUGCUACAGGUAGAGAUAUAGGACUUGUGGGUAAAGUUUUCAGUUCUAUCAAUUGGACACCUUCAGUUAAUGAUAUCAUAGCAAGCAUUUUUGCAUUUUCAGUUUUGCAUGUUUACUCGGUGAUUUACUGUGGGGAGCAUCACUUGAAAAUGCAGACUUAUUGGAUUGAGUUAGGCACAUGCUUUAUAGUUUAUCAUGUCACGUCAAGAGGGGAAUGUCCUGUUUCCGUCUUCCCAUGAAAAGUAAAAUGUAAAAUCGUUGUGGAUUACUGGAUUAGCAUUAUGUUUCUGUUCGGAUUUUUUUUAAAACAAAAAGGUUUUAUGUACUUAA